AUGGCAUACAGAGUACUGGGUAGAUGGACAGGCUGCUACGCUGCCAGCUGCUACUCUGCCAGCUGCUACGCUGCCAGCUGCUACGCUGCCAGCUGCUACUCUGCCAGCUGCUACUCUGCCAGCUGCUACCCUGCCUGCUGCUACUCUGCCAGCUUCUACCCUGUCAGCUGCUACCCUGCCAGCUGCUACUCUGCCAUCUGCUACCCUGCCAGCUGCUACUCUGCCAGCUGCUACCCUGCCAGCUGCUACUCUGCCAUCUGCUACCCUGCCAGCUGCUACUCUGCCAUCUGCUACCCUGCCAGCUGCUACUCUGCCAUCUCCUACCCUGCCUUCUUCUACCCUGCCAUCCACUACCCUGCCAGCUGCUACUCUGCCAUCUCCUACCCUGCCUUCCUCUACCCUGCAAUCUGCUACCCUGCCAUCCACUACCCUGCCAUCUUCUACCCUGCCUCUACCCUGCAAGCUGCUACCCUGCUGUUAAACCAGAGUAGCCUAACCGGCAUGAUUAAAGAGGGAAGAGCAGCCUCCAGUACGUACGGAGGAUAA